CGGCGCCGCGGUAGCUGUCUCUGGGUUGUGGCGUCCAAGGAGCCCCAACGGUUUCUGCCCUCAGGCUGUGGGGGCAACAAUGCUUAACUGACCCCUGCGGCGACCCGUAAUCCCGUGUUAGGCACCCGUUCCGGGCUGAGCUGUUGUUGGCGCGGUGGAUUCAGUGCAGUGCCGGUGACUUCGCUGCAGGUGCCUUACGCAGCCCGCGCUCCCUGCGGGAGGAGGAAGGCAACCAGCCUCCCCAGUCCUCUGGGUCCGAGGCCUUGGAGUACAUGAAGCCGCCGAGGGCUCCGGAGGAGCUACAGCUCUGAGGUGGCUGGGGGAGUUUGAGUCCUCGAGUGUGUGACAGGAAGCCUAGGAUCCCUGAGGGCUCAAAGAAGGCCACAAGGAUUUAGCUUCCUCCUCCAGAAGCCCAGGUUCCUAGCAUUAACUACCCCAGCAUUCUUUUCCACUUUCUCUCCAUGUUCUCUCCACACAUCUGGAAAUAUGAUCAGCGCCCCUGAUGUGGUAGCCUUUACCAAAGACGACGAGUACGAGGAGGAGCCUUACAAUGAACCGGCCCUACCUGAGGAGUACUCUGUGCCGCUGUACCCCUUUGCCAGCCAGGGAGCCAACCCAUGGUCCAAACUGUCUGGGGCAAAGUUCUCGAGGGACUUCAUUCUUAUUUCCGAGUUCUCUGAGCAGGUGGGACCCCAACCCUUGCUAACCAUCCCCAAUGACACCAAAGUUUUUGGCACUUUUGAUCUCAAUUAUUUCUCCCUGCGGAUCAUGUCUGUGGAUUACCAGGCCUCCUUUGUGGGCCAUCCCCCUGGUUCUGCCUAUCCCAAGCUCAACUUUGUGGAAGACUCCAUGGUGGUGCUGGGCGAUUCCAAGGAGGGAGCCUUUGCAUAUGUGCACCACCUUACUCUGUAUGACUUGGAGGCUCGUGGCUUCGUGAGGCCCUUUUGCAUGGCUUAUAUCUCGGCAGACCAGCACAAAAUCAUGCAGCAGUUUCAGGAGCUUUCGGCUGAAUUUUCUAAAGCUUCUGAGUGUUUGAAGACAGGCAACAGAAAGGCAUUUGCUGGGGAACUUGAAAAAAAGCUGAAAGACUUGGAUUACACCAGGACAGUGCUGCACACAGAAACUGAGAUUCAGAAGAAAGCCAAUGACAAAGGCUUUUACUCAUCUCAGGCGAUUGAGAAAGCCAAUGAGUUGGCCAGUGUGGAGAAGUCCAUCAUUGAACAUCAAGACCUGCUGAAACAGAUCCGCUCAUAUCCUUAUCGGAAGUUGAAGGAGUCUGAUUUGAGUGCUGGGGAGGCAGAGCACACCCAGGAGCAGGCUGGCCAGGCAUCCACUACCUCUAACCCUGAUGAGUUUGCUGACACAGAAAUUUACACUAGCAGACCAGCGUAUACCCCAAAACUCAUCAAAGCAAAGUCCACGAAGUGUUUUGACAAGAAGCUGAAGACCUUGGAAGAGCUCUGUGACACUGAGUAUUUCACCCAGACGCUGGCUCAGCUCAGCCACAUUGAGCAUAUGUUCAGAGGAGACCUGUGCUACCUCUUGACUAGCCGGAUUGACAGAGCCCUUCUAAAGCAACAGCACAUAACAAACUUCCUCUUUGAAGACUUUGUGGAGGUUAUUGACAGGGUGGUAGAGAAACAAGGUAGCACAUCCUUUGAGCCUAGUCGAGACAGGCCACCUUCCAGGUCUCUCGAAGAAUGUUUGAUUCCCAAAGUGUUAAUUAGUGUUGGUUCUUACAAGUCCAGCGUGGAAUCAGUGCUGAUCAAGAUGGAGCAGGAACUUGGAAAUGAGGAGUACAAGGAAGUGGAGGUGACAGAAGUGAGUAGUUUUGAUCCCCAAGAGAACUUGGACUACCUAGAUAUGGACAUGAAAGGGAGUAUCAGCAGUGGUGAAAGCAUUGAGGUUCUAGGAACAGAGAAGUCCACCUCUGUGCUGCCUAAGUCUGAUAGCCUGACCAGCCUCACAGUACCACUGAGCCCUCAGGUGGUGCGGAGCAAGGCAGUUAGCCACAGGACCAUCAGUGAGGACAGUAUUGAAGUCCUCAGCACCUGCCCCUCUGAGGCUCUCAUCCCUGAUGACUUUAAGGCCAGCUACCCAAGUGCCAUUAAUGAGGAGGAAUCUUAUGCAGAUGACAAUGAAGGGGCCAUCCACUUCCAGGCAAGUACCAGCUCCCCAGAUCUGAGGGAGGAAAAGGAGGGCAGUGUGGAAAACACCCCAUCACAAACCGACUCCUCUUGCUGUAUUGGGAAGGAGAGCGACACCCUGCUGGUGCCGCUCCCUACUCCAGCUCACAAGCUCGUUGAUGAUGAUGGAGUGGUGAACAUUCCCCCACAAUGCUAUAGGCAGAAGGACCAGGGGUUCCACGUGGACUUUGCAGUGGAAAAUGUUAAUCUUUCUUCUCAAGGCAACAGUUCUGAAAGCUUUCCUCCUUAUGAGCUGGACCCUAGCUGCCUGCUGGCCAGCCGGGAUAUCAGUAAGACCAGCCUGGACAACUACUCAGACUCCACCAGCUAUGUGAGCAGCGCAGCUUCCACCAGCUCAGACAGGACUCCCUCGUCUCUGCAUCCCACUGGCCCGUCUUCUGAAAGGCAUAAAAAGAGGGCUGGCCAGAAUGCCUUAAAAUUCAUCCGCCAGUACCCCUUUGCCCACCCAGCCAUCUACUCACUGCUCAGUGGGAGGACACUCGUGGUCCUGGGGGAGGAUGAAGCCAUUGUCAGAAAGCUCGUGACGGCACUUUCCAUCUUUGUACCCAACUAUGGCCGCUAUGCCAAGCCUGUGAAGCACUGGAUCUCCUCCCCUUUGCACAUUACAGAUUUUCAGAAGUGGAAGCUUAUUGGCCUGCAGAGAGUGGCCUCUCCUGCCAGUGCUGGCACCCUCCAGGCCCUUAGCCGCUAUAGCCGCUAUACAAGCAUUCUGGAUCUGGACAAGAAGACCCUGCGCUGUCCCCUGUACAGAGGCACUCUCAUGACCCGCUUGGCUGACCAUCGCACCCAAAUUAAGCGGGGAAGCACCUACUACAUGCAUGUACAGAGCAUGCUCACCCAACUGUGCUCUAAGGUCUUCCUUUAUACCUUCUGCCACCACCUGCAUCUACCUGCCCAUGAUCGAGAGACACAGGAACUGGUGGCCAGUCGCCAGGUGAGCUUCUUGAAGUUGAACCUGGGUCUGGUGAAUGAAGAUGUCAAGGUGGUCCAGUACCUGGCUGAACUGCUAAAGCUGCAGUACAUACAGGAGUCUCCUGGGACCAGCCAUCCCAUGCUCAGGUUUGACUAUGUCCCCAGCUUUUUGUAUAAAAUCUGAAGUUGGUCC